UCUCAGGAAGAGCCGAAGGGCGUGAAAUGGCGGGACUUCGAUGCCAGUAAAUUAAUUUGUUGUUUUAAUUACACGACUUCGAUUUCCCGUUAUUCAAGAGAUGAGUGACCACACCGAUACUAAAGGAUUGUCUUCGGCGCUUCUGCAAAUGAAGUUUAUGCAAAGGACAAGAAUUCGCUUAGAGGAAGAAGCUAAGAGAAAAAGUGAACAGAAAUUGCAGAAACGUUUUUUAAAAAAGGAUAAUAAAGAACUAUCGGAAGAGUUAGAAGGAACAGAACCAACCGUGAAAUCUGAAAACAGAUAUGACUUGUUGGAAAACCUUUCAUUUGGACGGAUGUCUUUUAAAGGUUUCAAUCCGGAAGUUGAGAAGCUUAUGAAAUAUUAUAAAGAUUUGAAAGGUGGCAAAGUGUCUGAUGAAGUCGACUUUAAUGAUGGACAGGAUAUUACGGAUUACGAAUUAGCAACAUCAGUGUUCAGCACAAAAACAAAAGGAGAUGGAAAAUGUCUAAAGAAGCAUGAAAUGGAUGGAAGAAGUUUAAUUGAUGAAAUUAACGAACCCGCAAAGCGGAAACGGCGAGACGAUGGACAUCGACCUGAAUCUGGAAUCCGAAAAAGACAGCAGUUAUGAUCUCAUUUAAUACUCAG